AUGUCUACAAGUCGAGCCAGCCAAAAUUUAAACAAGAAGAUACCUAGGAAUCCUAGAUAUGAACAUGUUAAAAGAACCGUCGAUACAGGUGCAAGUGUCACUAAUUAUGCCGAAAAAAUGGAAGAGUUAAAUAAAAACUACAAGUACAGAAAAGAUGAAAUUUUUAGAAGGAUGAAAUGUACCACUUUUGUACAGCUGUUACUUCAAGUAGCUGAUCUUGCCCAACAAGAAGAAAUUGCUGCCAUGGAAGCUGAUGCAGUACGAAAUUCCAGAUUAGAUAAUGAAGCCGUUGCUAAUAGAUCCGAUCAAUCUUUAGAGGAGGACGAUGCUCUCGACACCAGCCGGUCAACGUUGCAGGGUGUCAUUAAAGGAUUCGGCGAAGUAGAUAUACAAGAAAUAAAGUCAACACCGGAAAACAACACACAGAAACCAAUUGUGAAAUCGCCUAUCACAAAUCCUUACGGUGUAGACGAUUCUUCCCCAUUUCUUUUGCUUGACGUUCGCAAUCCAGACUCUUUUAGACUUUGUCAUAUAGUUGGAGAUGAAACCGUUGCUCCUCAAACUGCUACCACAUUUGUACAACGAGAAGUAGACAAUGUUUUUAUACUAUCAGGAGGAAUGAAAGUGCUGUAUAAAAAAUUUCCUGAAGGGAUGAUCCGAGGAACAUUGCCAGCGUCAUGUCAACCUUCUCCGCCAACAGAAAGAAGAGCUAAGAAAACUUCUUCUAGCAAAUCCUCAGCAAAACCUGGGUCAGCAGGCAUGAUUAAGGCUGCCAUGCAGUCAGUCGUUAAACUUAGGCCAAUUAUUCCAGGAGAGCAAGAAAUAUUGACUGCUGAUGAUAUCUUUUCAUAA